UCACCAGUCGCCGCGUCAAAAAACCAGGACAGGGCAAAAGCUCUUCGGUAGCCACAUCCCCAUCUCCCAUUCCUAUCGCUCCGUUUCCUCCAAUCCCCUCGCCAAACCAAGAUGGCGGCGCCGGCCAACUCCACCACCUUCUCCGGCGACGUGUGGGCGGAGCUCCGCCUUGCCGACGCCCGCGACGUGCCCCACAUCCACCGCCUCAUCCACCAGAUGGCCGAAUUCGAGCUCCUCACUGACCUCUUCGCCGCGACCGAGGAGCUCCUCACCUCCACACUCUUCCCCUCGCCGGCGCCCCCUCCCUUCACCUCCUUCACCGCCCUCAUCCUCGACCUCUCCCCCUCACCCCUCGUCCCAGACUCCGCCUCCACCAUCGCCUCCCGCUGCCUCGACCUCUCCGCUUCCCCGCUGGUGGAUCCGGAGGCUGCCGCCUUCGCCUCCCCUCGCGGCGGCGGGCGCAUCACGGCGGGGUUCGUGAUCUGCUUCCCCAACUACUCCACUUUCCUCGCCAAGCCAGGGCUGUAUGCGGAGGACAUCUUCGUGCGCGCGCCCUGGCGCCGCCGCGGGCUGGGACGGAUGAUGCUGUCCGCCGUCGCCGGCAGGGCGGCCGAGCUCGGGAUGGGGCGAGUCGAGUGGUGCGUGCUCGACUGGAACAAAAACGCCAUCAACUUCUACGAGGGGAUGGGCGCCGACGUGCUCCCGCAGUGGCGCAUCUGCCGGCUCACCGGCGCCGCGCUAGACAAGUACAAGGGCAACCAGGAGGAGGCCGCCGACAGGAAGGCCGCCGAGUAGGAGACGAAAAAAUUGGUUCUUGGGUGCCGGUAAUAAAGAUGGUGGAUUUACUUCCGCUGCUAUGCUCCCGUUUGGUACCGUAGGUAUGGUUAGUGAUUCAGCGCAUUUGAUCAGCUCAUUAGUGCGAUGGAUUCAUGUUAUAUGCGGAGCAAUUGGGACUUUUUCUUGCCUAUGAUGUGGUAAACCUUGGUGUCUUAUGCAAAUUUGUCUUCAGAUUGGAUGGAAAUGGGUCUUUAUCAUUAGCCAUUUCAGGCUGAGCAUGUCUCUUCAUCGUGUUCAGAGUCUCAGAAAUGAUAGAAAUGAAAUUAUCCUUUUUAUGA